CUGUGAGUCUGCCGUGCUAGACUUAAACAAUCGGUUACGAUGAGCGGUCACGGUUUGUGCGUCUCUCUUGCCCUCCUGUCUUUGACUUCUGGCACGGCGUCCGAGUACUCCACAAAGUUUGACACAGACUACGAAUUCGGCGACUACCGGGGCAAGUGGUGCAUGGAUGACCACGGUUUUGUCUACAACAUCGGGGAGACGUAUUACCCUAGCCCCACAGCUUGCCCUUGCACCUGCACCGAAGAGGGACCCCUUUGCAUACAACCCCAGUGCCCGCGGAUACAUCCCCGAUGCACGCGCAUCGCUUACAAGUCCUGCUGCCCGGUCUGCCAAGCUGUGAGCAAAGUAUGCGUGUACGGGGGCAGAACUUACAAAGUACUCGAGGAGUUCAUGCUGUCCCCGUGUGAGAAGUGCCGGUGCGAGGCCAACAGGGAGGUGUACUGCACGGUCGCAGAGUGUCCGGCCCUCCACUGCGUCAACCCCACGUACGAGCCCCACCAGUGCUGCCCCGUCUGCAAGAACGGGCCCAACUGCUUUGCGGGGAGCGCGGUGAUCCCGGCGGGCGUGCGGGUGGAGGUGGACCAGCAGACCGUCUGCUUCUGCUCCUACAAGGACGGCACGUGGGAGACACACCAGCAGGCCACCUGCGAGCGGCGCAAGCAGCCCAACGGCGCCGACGGGACGUCGGAGCAGAUGGUGGAGACGCGGCUCGUGCCGGAGGUGGACGUCAUCCCGUGA